AUGACCGCCUCCAUCCUCCUGCCUGGUGCACCGUCACAACCGCUGACCGCUGUGGUCGCUGAGAACAACAAAGUCGUAGAAUCUACUGGCGCCAUCAGUUAUACCGAACCAAGCUUGAUCUCGCAACCCGAGCAUUCAGCCUCGCUGGGCCCUCCACAUCUAUACUUCUUCAAAGAUGGUCUUCGACGGGUGGCCCCUUAUUUCUACACAUAUAACACCUGGUGCAAGGAGCGAUGGCGAGGAAGAAAAAUCAUUGAAGUGUUUGAAAGCGAGUUUCGCGAGCGAUCGGUCGAGUAUUACCGUGCGGCGAUGGAGUCUGGUCAAGUCGCGGUCAAUGGCAAAAUCGUGAGCCCGGAUUAUGUGAUGGUGAACGGCGACCUGGUUUCGCAUACCACACAUCGGCACGAGCCUCCCGUUACACAAGAUCCCGUGCAGGUCAUCCACGAAGACGACGACAUGAUCGUGAUCAACAAGCCCUCGGGCGUGCCAGUACACCCUGCCGGUCGAUACCAUUACAACUCGGUGGUGGAGAUUAUGAAGGCCGAGAGGGGGCCGACCUUUGCGCCCCGACCAUGCAACCGGCUCGACAGGCUGACCAGCGGCAUCAUGUUUAUUGCCAAGACGGCCAAAGCUGCCGAAAGUCUUAGUGCCCAGAUCUUCAGACGCAGUGUUCGGAAAGAAUAUCUUGCCCGUGUGGUCGGUCGAUUUCCUGAUGGCGAGGUUGUCUGCGACCAGCCGAUCCUUCAAAUUUCUCCAAAACUGGGCUUGAACCGGGUCCGAGCUAAUGGCAAGUCUGCGAAGACUGUCUUCAAGCGCCUUGCUUACUAUCCGUCGCCCAUCAUCAAACCUAGUUCCAGCAACAGCCCGUCGCCGGAUGAGGCAGAGACAGGCGGUCCCGGAGACCAUUUCACUAGAGAAACCGAGGGAUAUUCAAUUGUCCGCUGCUUGCCCGUCACAGGCAGAACACAUCAAAUUCGGGUUCACCUACAGUUUCUAGGUCAUCCUGUACAGAACGAUCCAAUCUAUGCCAACCAGAAGGUUUGGGGCUUCGACCUGGGGCGCAAUGAUGCCGAAGCAACCCUGAAUACCGAUGAGGAUGUUCUUUCCCGCCUGGCACGGAUGGGAAAGGAACAGGUUGCGGACGCUGUGGCGUACUAUGACGAGAUGGUGGACGUGUAUCACAAGAAGAAGGCGGAAAGGAUGUCGGGCCAGCUUUGUGAUGUUUGCGAAACCCCGUUGUAUACCGAUCCAGGCAGCCAGGAGCUCUCUCUGUGGCUGCAUAGUCUCCGGUACGAGGAUGCCGAUGGGUCCUGGAGUUAUGUGAGCCCACUGCCAGCCUGGGCCAUGCCGCCCGAAGGCGCAAGCGGACCAACACAGGUUGGCGGCAUGGACGAUCUAGUGGAUGCUGCCGGGGAGGAUAUGAAAAUCGAAGUCUCAUAG